AUGCAAGAUAGAAUAGACACUAUCUUUAAAACUAAUGAAUCAGGUAUUAAAGCAAGUACUGAAGAUAAAAGAAAGAAAGCUAUUGAUUCUAUCAUUACAUUUAGUAAAGAAAUUCAAAAUGAAGAAGAUAAGAAAUAUUUUUUAAAUAAAAUUUUGACAGUCUACAAAAAGACGUGUAGUGCAAUUUAUAUGAAAAUUGUUAUUUCUAAAAUUUUAAAUGGGUUAGAAAAUACUUUUUGUACAAAAGAGCUUUCACAAGAAUUUACUGAAAAAUUUACAACAAUCUUUUUAGGAGAGACCAAUGACGAAUUACGUAAAUUUUUAUUCGGAUUUGUUGCACAUUUAAUUCAAUACAAUGAAAUUAUUCCAACCAAAAUUCAACAAAUGAUUCAAUCAUUAAAUACAUUAAAAGAACCAUUAAAAUCAAUUUUUAUCGCAGAACUUCCAAAAAUGUUAGGAUUACCUGAUACUUCUAAAUUAUCUCAAGUUAAUUUAACAGGAUAUUUUGCAUCAGAAAUUAAUUUAGUAAAGUCUCCAAAAAAUACACCAAAAACAACUAUUAUUGCGUUUAGGUAUUUAUUAGCAUAUUAUAGACAACCAGAAGUAAAACAAUGUGAAGUAUUAGAAAGUCAAUUAUUCUCUUCAUUUGCAAAAGCUCUUAAAGUUUAUUCUUCACCCGAAUUUUUAGCUUUAAUUCAAGAAGAUGGAUAUAAACAUCAAUUGAGUGAAUUACUUUUUGAUGUUUGUCAUUUAAAUUGUAUUCCAAAUAUUUGUGAAUGUGAAGAAGAUAUUAAAAAGAUUUUACCAUUUUUACUUGACAGAAAAAAUAUUAAAAACUUUUUUAAGAGUACAUCAACUACAUCAAUGUCUUCAUUAUUGAUUCGUCUUGUUUUUGAUAGUAUAAUGAAAGAUAAAAAAACUGUAUUUGAUAAAUUAGUUAUUGGUAAUAUUUGUAACUUAAUGAACUCAUUUGUUUCAGAGAAAGUUGAUGAAGCUGAAAUUCCAUUGUUAUUUAUUAUUUCAUCAGUUCUUCCACCAAAAAGAAAAUUAUUUAAUAUGUUUGUAUUUAAAAUUGUUCAUCCAACAACAAAAAGUUUUGAAAUAGUGAAACAAUUUGUUAUUGGUAAUUUUGAUUUAAUAUUUAAUAAAAUUAUGGAAUUACUUCAAACUAAUUAUACAAAUGAAUAUUUACUUCAUUCGUAUUAUAAAUUACUUUGGUUUGUUCAAAAGUUUAAUGAUGAAAGAGAAACUGGACAUGAAAUUGCUGUUAAAUUCUGCCAAGAAAUAGAAAAAAUGAAUGAGACAAGUAAGUUCUUCUGUAAACUAUUUAUAGAUACUAUUAAGAAGAACGUUAAUUUAUUUGAAAAAGAAGUUUUGUAUAUUGUUAGAUGCUGUAAUGAAAUUAGUAAUAAAAAAGAUAAAGAAAUUGCAUUAUCAAUUUUACUUGCUAUUAGUGGUUGUUUAGAUACUAUUGUUUUAGCAUAUAAAGAAAGAUUAGUUUAUUCCUAUUUCUUAUUAAAUGAAGGUGUUGGAGAAGAUGAAAAACAAGAACGAGUUAUUUAUGAUAAUGUUAAAGAAAUUUUAUCUUCUUUAUCAGAAGAAUUAGAACAACCAUUAAAUACAGCAACAUUUUAUUUAUUAAUGCCAAUCUUUAGAUGGGUCAUUUCUAAAAAGGAUAAAACAACAGAAAUUGUUAAACCACAAAAUCAGACAAUGAAAUUAUUACAAAUGCAUUGUGAAGAAAUAACAGAUCAAUAUCCAAUUUUAGAGAUUGCACAACUUUUAAAUAGUAUUAUUUUAGUUAUUCCUCGUUUUGUUCAAAAGACAUUAACUUGUUUAGAACAAAUUGUUAAAGUUUCAGAUAAUAAAACACUUCAAUAUAUCUUUAAUAACUUAUUAAGUGAAGAAGAAAAUACUAGAAGAUAUAAUGCUGUUGCUUUAGAUAGAAGCAAAGAAUAUUUAAGAGCUAAAAAAAUUGAUCAUGAAGAAUUAUGUAAAUUAUAUCUUGGAGGACAUGAUCAAAUUAAAGAUGUUUCUAACGCCUGUAGAUCAGUUAUGAAGACUAUUCAUUUGUAUUGUGAAGAACCUGGUGUUGAAGUAAAAAUUCCAGAAGAUUUCAGAAUUCCAGAUCAAAGCUUUGUUGAAUAUUAUAAAAAAGAUGAAAUUUGCUUAAAUGAAAAUAUUGAUAUUCAAGACAUGAUUGCUACUUCCAUUUAUUCUAUUGCUAAGAUUGGAAAAUAUAAUUGUGGAGAAUUAUUAAAAGUUACAAUGAACGAGUAUGACAACAGUUUCCCAGAUAUUACUUUAGUACCGGGUGUUGCUAAAGAUUAUCUUAUUAUCAGAAGUAAAUUCUUAAGAAGAAGAUUUUGCACAUUUGUAAUUAUGAAAUUAGGAGGAUUAUGUUCUGUAGAAGACAUGAAAGAAUUACUUCCAUUUGCUAUUAAGAAACUUACUAAUGAUGAAGAGCCAAUUCCAGAAUUAGUUGAAGAGCAAGGAGAAAAUAUGUUUUCCAGUAGAAGUAGAGCAGAAGCUGAGCAAAUUUAUGAUAUUUUAGUAAGUAUUAAAAAAGAAAAAGGAAAGAAAAAUGAUAAAGAAAUAGAAAUGGUAGGAUUAUUCUUUGGAAUGAUUGCUAAAUAUUUGGAACGAGACAAUCCUAAAUUCAAUGACAUUAUUCAACAAUUAAGAGAUUUAUCAGUUAAACCAUCUUUAGAAGUUCAAAUGGCUGUUUGUAAUUGUUUUGCAAAUAUUACAGAUAUUCCUAAUGUUCAAGGUAUGUUAGAAAAGAUGUAUGCUCAAUGUUUAAGACAAAAGAAUUUUGAAAUUAAAAGGGGAAUUGCAUAUUCAAUUGCUGGUAUUUGCAAGGCACAUGGAUUAGGAGUUAUGUUUACAUGUAAAUUUUAUGAUAGAUUUAUUAAGAGACCAUUAGAAAAAUUUGAUGUUGAUAAAAAAGGAAAAAGAUGUACUGAAGGAGAGAAUUUAAAUAUUAAUAUGACAGCUUUAAUUACAUUACAAUGUAUUUGUGAAAUUAUGGGAGAUAUUUUUGAACCAUAUAUCAUUGAUGUAUUUAAUUUAGUUAGACCUAUUGUUAGUGAGGCAAAUCAAGAGUUAAGACUACAAGCCUCUGCUACUGUUAGGUCUAUGAGUUCUGUUUUAACUCAUCACGGCAUUGGAGUUACAGUACCUCAUUUAAUUGAUGGAUUGAAAUCAAAUGAAUGGAGAGAACGAAGAAUUUCUUGUUUGUUAUUAGGAGAAAUGGCUAAACAAACAACUCAUCAACUUGAUGCUUAUUUACCAAAGAUUAUAACUCCAUUAGUAAAUUUGAUGAUUGAUUCUGAUGCUAACGUUAGUGAAGCAGCCAGUGAAGCAUUAAAUAAUUUAGCUAGUGUUAUUAAGAAUCCUGAAAUUUCAUCACUUAUCCCAUCUAUUCUUGAUGCCUUAGAAAAUCCACCACAAAACACACCAGAAUUUUAUGAACACUUUGAAAAGAUGCAAUUUACUCACUUGAUUGAUUCUAGUUCUCUUGCAUUAAUUCAUUACAUUUUGUUAAGAGGAUUAAGUGAUCCAACUCAUUUAAUUAGAGCUAAGUCUGCAUUGUUGAUAUCAUCUUUAACUAAUUUAUGUGAUGUAGAUGAUUUCCUUCCAUAUUUGGAUAUCUUUAUUCCAGAAUUGAAGAAAAAUAUUACUGAUAAUGAUCCUGAAGUAAGAGCUGCUGCUUCUAAUGCAAUUGGUUCAUUAAUACAAUUUGUUGGAGAACAAGCAUUCCCAGGUGUUAAACAAUGGAUUAUUGAAACAUUACAAUCUACAAAAUCUACUGUUCAUAGACUUGGUGCUGCACAAGCAUUAGCUGAAUAUUAUCGUGCUGUUGGAGAGGAACAAUUAAGAGAAGAUUUCAACUCUAUUACUAAUUUAGAGAACCCAGUUAUUACAUCAAGACAGUCUGUCAUGUACUUAUUGUAUUACUUCUGUUCUGCUCUUAAAGAAAGAUUUAGUGAUUUCAUCGGAGAAGGGUUAUUACUUAUUGUAAAGGGAUUAAGUGAUUCAAGUGAAUUAGUUAGAGAUGCAGCAAUGAAAGCAGGUUCAGUUCUUGUAAGACAGUUUGGUAAGACUCAUUUAAAGAAACUUCUUGAGACAUUGGAUAGUGCUAUUUAUAGUGAUUCACCAAAAGUACAAGAGUGUGCAAUUAACUUAAUUGGAGAAUUACUUGAAGGAAUGGUUGAUACAAAUGAUGCUAGUUUGGAGCCAUACGUUCUUCUUAAGAGAAAGUUAGGAUUAGAGAAAAUUGGAGAAUGUUUGGCUAAUUUGUAUUUGAUUAGAUUUGAUGAAGAACACCAAAUUUGUCAAAAGGCUACAUUGGUAUGGAAGAAAGUUAUUAUUAAUGCAGGUAGGGCUCUUAGUGAUUUGAUUCCAUAUAUUAUGAAAAUUGCAACAAAGAAGUUAUGCCUUGAAGAGAAAGAUCGAAAGAGAGCAGCACGUUGUCUUGGUGAAUUAGUUGAUUUAUUUGAAAGUAAAAUUGUUCAGGAAUUAAUUAAAACACUCCAAAGCCAUUUGAACAGUAGUAAUGAGUUAGAUAGAAUUGGUGCAUGUAAUGGUUUUGUUGAAGUUAUAAGAAAAAGUUCAUUAACAACAUUUGAACAAUUUAAAGGAGUAUUACCACAAUUAGUUGAAUUAAUGUGUGAUGAAGUUGAUGCUAUUAGAGAAGAGUCUAAUCAUUUGUUUAAUGUAAUUAUUAGAAAAUAUGACAAACCAUCAUUAGAAGCUAUUCUUGAUAUUUUAUUAGGAUUUAUUAAUGAUGAAGAACAAAUGCAAAAGGGAAUUAGAGGACUUCAAAUGAUUAUUGAUAAGAAUCAUACAAAUGAAUUAAUCUUUGAAACUUUAACACCAAAAGUACUUCAAGUACCAAUAACUAUUGCCAACUGUAAACCAUUAACUAUUUUAUGUAAGUCAUCACAACAAUUCUUCUUACAAAACUUCAAUCUUAUUCUUCAACGAGGGUUUAAUUCAUUAGCUAGUAAAUAUACAGAAGAAAGUUAUUGUGAAAAGAUUAGAAAGAUGAUGAUUGAAAUUUGUUUAGAAUAUCCAUCUAAAGACAAAUUAUUUAGUACUCUUGGAGAUUAUAUUGCUUCAUAUCAACGAUCAAUUAUUAAAAUUGAAACAUUACGUAUUCUCUCAUCCUAUUUCAAGUUACAAACUACACAAUCAAGUGUUGGAAUGGAUAUAAUUAUCUCAUUCUUAAUGGGGCUAAUUAGAAAUGAAAAAGAUCAAGAUGUUGUUCCUUAUGUCUGGGAUUGUUUUGAACAAAUGCAUAUGAAAGUUACAAAUGAUAAGUAUUACAUUUAUAUUAAUGCCCUUGCACCAAUGAUUCAAGAUGCUUGUCAAACACCAGAAACUGCUGUACUUGUAUUACCAAAAGACAUUGGGCCAUUAGUUAGAGUUGAAAUUGAUACACUUAAGAAUGCUUUAACAGAGACAAAAGAACAAGCGAUUAGAUCAUUAAUAGUCUUAUUGAAAAGAUACGAAAAUGAUUCAGAAUUUACUAAACAUAGAGAUAAUAUACUUGGUCCAUUGAUUAAUAUUAUUUCUAAACAAUGUGAAUCUUCUCAUAAGAUUAAAUUACUCACAUUGUUACAAACUAUUUUUGCUACCGCACAACAUCGUGGAAAAGUUAAAACGUUUGUAUUACCAAUUACAAUUACUUUGAAUAAAUUAUUAAGUGAAGGAGAUGAAUCAGUUUGUAAAGUAGCUAUUGAGAUGUACAAGUAUUUGAUUGAAUAUGACCUUAAGAUUGAUACUUUAUUGAAAGAAAUUCAAAAAGGAUUAAGUGGUGCAGGAACUAAUUCUACUAAAAUCAAAAUUUAUUUACAAUUACUAAUUACUUGUGUUGAUACUAUUGAACCAAAGAAAUGGAAUGAAGGAAAAGAAUUAUGGGCAAAAACAAAAAAAGGUACAACUUGGGUUGUUGAAACAUUAUAUUUUGAUAUUUAUAAUCAAUGUUUCCAAUUAAUUCCAUUAGCACAAGAAUAUUACCAAUUAUUAGUUAGAGCAUUAGCCACGAUGUUAAAAUUCCUUCCAGACAAUGAUACUCAAUUUAAAACUCUUUUGAAAAUGGACGGAUUUUCUAUUGAAACAACAGAAGAUUUAGUUGUAUUAAGAAAGGAAUUAUGCAACACAUAUGCUAGCGUUUGUCCUUCAAAAGCUUCAAUGAUUAAAGAAGCUAUUAAGUCCAUUUAA